AUGGCCCAACUCUGCGGCUACCAUACAUCUCCGCGUAUGACCGCAGCAAGCACCGAACAGGCGUUCAUCUUGCGACGUGUCAAUACCUUGGCCACCACAAGCAAUGAGUUUGCAGUCAUCCGACCAUUGAUAUCCGUCUACUGCCUUAACAGGCAGGCAUACGUGCGCAAAAGCAAGACCUUAUCGGAGAAAAUCGAGGUCAGCGUGGAAUGA